AUGGCCAUUCUAAAUGUAACGCCAGACAGCUUUUCCGAUGGCGGUCGGCAUUCGGGCAGUGUAGCGGCGGCGGUGGCCGCGGCGGAGGCCAUGGUUUCGGAGGGUGCCGACCUGAUUGACGUGGGGGGGCAGUCCACUAGGCCCGGUGCCCCUCGAGUCAGCCCCCAGGAGGAGCUCGCGCGGGUGAUGCCCGUAUUGCGGGCAAUUCGCGCCUCCCCACGGCUACGUGCCGUACCGGUCAGUGUGGACACGUUCUAUUCGGACGUGGCGAGGGAGGCUGUGGCGGGGGGGUGGGCCCACCUGGUGAACGACGUGUCGGGCGGGGCAGCGGAUGCCGCCAUGUUCCGUACGGUGGCGGACCUCGGCGUGCCGUACAUCCUGAUGCACAUGCGGGGCGAACCUGCUACCAUG